UGACUAUUAUUUUAAAGUGUGAACUGUAAUGAGGAAGUGGACAGAUGAUAUUAGACGGAGGGUUUAAAUAUGUCUAUUUUUACCUGCGUUUAAUAUCGCGAUAAUGCCGGGCUUUAUCAUUGUUAAAAUAGCUGAAUGCCGUUAUACCGAGUAGAGUUUGCUUAAGGUGAAAGCAGAAAUCAUGGAUACUUUGGCGGAACCAGUCAGGAAAAUUGAUGGAACACCCAUAGACAUUAAAGAGUUAGAGAGGUCGUUUGAUCAGUGGGUACACACUGGCAGAAAGAUUGUCAUCACACAUUGCUCCCAAGAAAGCGAGGUCGCCAAAAGGAAACUGUCAGACUCAAACGUUUAUCCAAUAUCAAGACACGUCCGGGGCCGUGUUGUCCUAGUCUCAAACACUGGCUACCAGGCCCUGCGUUUACUUAAGGACUUGUUUGUUCAACUAAAUUACAAGAUCACAAUUAAAACAGAACUCAACGCAGAGCAAUUGAAAACAGUCAUUCAAGAUGAGGCAGCGAAGGAGGAAAACACUUACAUUGAUUCCUUCGUGGUAAUAGUCUAUGGAACUCCAGAUGGAUUCACCAUGGAUUAUUUCCCAGACAUUUUCAAUACACCAACUUUGAAUGGUGUGCCAAAACUGGUGUAUAUCAUAGGCGAUGACACAAUUACUAGACAAGUGCAGGCACUGCCUCAAUAUCCAACCCAGAAAGACGUUUUCUAUGCCAGCACAGGUUUUAAUGGUGUAAUGUUUUACAUCUAUGCACUAUGUUCCUUUGUUCACGAACUCACGGCACAGGCCAUUUGGAAACUGUCGCUGCAAUACUCGGAGUUUCACAGAUUUGCUUCCUCAACCUGCGAUACAUUGACCAAGGAAUUUUACUUUUUUCCUGGACUUUCGCCUUCCCUUAUGCCUGACGAAUUCGGGAAUUUGGAUCCUGGAGAUAUGCAACUCUAUCUCGACAUGAUGAAACACGGCGUUGUUAGCACGUACAACAUUCGCCUUAUGUUUGUUGGGCUUUAUGGUGCAGGAAAAACGUGCACAGCCAGGAGAAUAAUGCGCAAGGAUAUCGCAGGAACAUCUAGCACUGAUGGAAUCGACGUGUACAUUGGAAAAUGCAAAGUUGAUAUUCGAAACCAAACAUGGGAAACAGUGGAUGUUCCAAGAAAAAGUGAACCGUACAAUAUCCUGUCAAAUGUACUUAGACUAGACGAUGAUUCUGAACAGAAAAUACCCGACAUAAAAAAUCUUGAAAACACACCGGAAUCUGUCACCGUAGGAGCCAGUGACACAGGGAGUAGAGAGCAGCAUAUGGAAACAGACCAAGCAAUGGAAAUAGGUUUGAAACAUAGGGUUGAACACGAAAAGACCGCUUAUAAACGACGUCGAACAGAAAGUGAAAACACGGAUGAUAGUAGCUUCACAAACUCAAUGUCAUCUAUGAGCACUGACUUUGAAAUAAUUUCCGAUCCUGGAAGUGUGAGCUCACAUGAUAUUGAAAUAAUUGAGACAAACUCUGAGAAACCAGAUUCUAUGAGAGUGGCGAUGCGAGUUUUCCAGCAGACGAAACAGUCAGAUGGGACAAACCACAAAGAGGCAUUUGUGUCGCUGUGGGACUUUGCUGGUCAGUUUGUUUACUACGCAACACACCAGCUUUUCUUUAGUCCAAGAAGUAUUUACCUUCUUGUUUUGAACCUGGAAGAUGAUCUCGACAGAUCGCUUGAAGAAUGGUAUAUGGAUCUCCAGGGGAAAACUUCGAUUGAAGCCCAAGGCGGAGUUGACUUUUGGCUUAAGUCUAUUUUCACCUAUGCAAGAGGCGCUGUUCCUGGAUUUCCUAAAAUUAUUCUUGUCGGAACACAUUUUGACCAGAUGCAUGAGUCUCGAGACCGAAGAUACAGAAUUGCCCAUGGUUAUUUCGACAAAAUUCGAGAUAUUUUUCAAGGCACACCUUUGUCACACAAUAUCAGCAAAAACGAAUUUCUUCUUAGCAAUACCGAUCCUAAUGAUCCAGAAAUUGAUCGCCUUCGUGGUGAAAUUCUUGGAAUUGCCAAAGAGUAUCCUAGUUGGGGAGAGAAAAUGCCGGCAAAAUGGAUUGAAUUACAGCAAAACCUGGAAGAUAUCAGAAGACAAGGACAGUCACUUAUGUCCCUCGACAACCUGCGAUCUAUCGUUCAAAAACUUGCAAGUCCCAUUGAAGAUGAGGAACAGUUAAUGCUCUUUCUGCGUGCCCAUCAUGAAAUUGGAACGUACAUUUAUUUCUCAGAAUCAGAGCAGUUGAAAAACUUCAUCAUUUUGGAACCACAAUGGAUUGUGAACGCUUUUCGCUAUCUGAUUAGUGCAAGAGAAUUUCAAGCGAAAUAUGGUCCUUUGCUGAAGAAAUGGUUAGAGUUUGUUGAAACAGGAAGACUUGAAUAUGAUUUGGCAGAAAGUAUUUGGCGCGUAGAUGAAGAAAGUCAUUUUUUCGAAAAUACAGAUAUCAUUCUUCUCUUUCUCGAAAAGUUGGAUAUCAUUGCCCGAGCGUCUGUCAUUAGUGACGAUGGCAUGUCUUUGACCCCUUUGAAGUACUUUUAUGUACCAAGUUUGUUGAAAGAGGCACCAAGAAAGGAAAUUUUGCACGCUCCAAUUGUGCCGGGCUGCUUGAACACGCCAGUUCUCUGUAUCAAGUUCAACGAGGAGUUUAUGCCACCUGCGAUUUUCAACAGGAUCAUAGCCAUCUGUUUGGGAAAGUUUCCGCUAGCACGACAAGGUAAACGAAAGCUUUUGUUCUGUGGAUGCGGAGUGUUUGAGGUCAACAAAGACCUUUCAGAGGACAAACAUCGUCUUACAAUCUUCUUCCGAAGUUCCAGAGUCGGACUGCGCAUCACACGAUACACUUCAAAGGGUGCAAAAAUGGUUGAUCCUGUUGUGUGUGAUAGAAUUCGACGGAUCAUUUCCUCAGCUGUGAGGAAGGAAUUUUCAAGGUUUCACAGGAUAGUGUCGGGAGAAAACGAUCCAUUUGAGUACUUUAUUCAAUGUCUGGAAACCAAGUCGGAAGAUAUCAUAGAAGAAGGACUGCAUAGAAUUCAGGAUUUGCAACAUCAUAUCGGAGCAACUGAUCCCUUUUGUGAAGAGCACACGGAGAUGGAUCACCCUCAUCCUCUUCAAGUUGUUAAACACCUGCACGAGUGGUUUCAAGACAGGAUUCCUGAAACACUCCGAGCUGACGAAGUUUCUGUCCUUGACACAUGGUUAAACAUGCUACCACAACAUCGCAAAGAUGGAAAGGUCCAUGACAAAAUGCUGUCAAAGAUGUCACAAGCGAUAGGCAAAAACUGGCAACACCUUAUGGUUGGAUACUUAGACCUUGAUCAAGUAACAGUUGAUCACAAAGAAGAGGAAAACCCAAAAAACAUAGCUAGAACGAUUUAUGAGUGUCUGCGUCACUGGAAAGCUUCGGUGGAAACCAAGUUUUAUUCUCAAUCUGGAUCCGGGUCACAGUGCUCACUGCCAACAGUUGGAAUGCUGCUAGAAGCACUAAAACAUGCCAGAGUAGUUACUGUUAAUUGGGAGGAGGUCCGCAAUAUCGUUGAAGGACUUGUCUGAUAUGCUUUUGUGUGACAGAUGAAUUGUUGCGUCUUGCUUCUGAGAGUUGAAGUCAAGGACUACUUAUAUAACCUUUACAUUUUAUACAGAUAUGUUUUUUGCAUUUAAUUAUCUACUUGUGGUAUCAAAUGCCAGCAGAUUUUUUGGUGUUUUGUAUACUGUUUAGUUUGUGUCGGCUCUCACUAUAUUCGGUUAACUAAAGGUUAAAAGUUAGGGUUGUAUCCAAAAUAGUCUUAUUUCGUGCUUCUUUGACCGUUCCAUUGCGGUAAUCCCGUCAUUUAUUUAUAAAGCUAUGUAAAUGCUUGUGUGGUCUGGUUAAAGUGUUUGUACGUUUGUGUUUCUCGUUAAGUAUCGUUUGUACCCUUACCCUUCCUUUUAAACAGGUUAAUAUGUGAAUGUUUGCCUACUGGGCCUGUCUCUGUUGUUUUCCUUGUAUAAUUGUUACCACGCUGCUUAUCUUUAACAGUGUGACACCGACACCAAUGACGUAUCAUAUGAGUGUUGAUCAGUAUGGGUCUGAUAUGCAUCUGCCAAAUCUUUCAAAUUUCACUUUCCAACAAAAGUUAUGGUCCUUGAUGGCACACAUUCAUGAAAGUUAAUAGGAAUUGUCAGCACGGGCUGUUUUACCUGUUAUGUUUUUCCAAUUCCACUCGUUCUUUCCACUACUCGACAUUUAGCUAUUCCUUUGUCCUGGCGGCGUAUGGGGGAAUUCAUCACGACUGUGAUAGGUCUAGUUGUUGAUGUCAUUUUCAAUAAAUUGUAUAAAUGAAUAUAAUUAUAAUCUAUGAUCUGUUUACCAAGAACUGGGAUAUUAUUCAUACGAAAGUGAAACGUUAUAUUUGAUACUUUAGUGAUAAAAUCAUUUUGCAUAGAUCAGUUAAGCACCCUUAAAGAAAUUUGAAUACAAAUAAAUUAUGUAGAUUAAAUAUACUACCUUUAGUAUAUAUUCGCAUUUUGAAUGUUUUCAAUUUUUAGCCCUAUGUUAUCUGCUAAUAGUUAGUUUCACUUAUAUUUGGUAUUUUCAAAUGUUAACUAUAUUACAAAAUUUUCUUUAAUGAUAAUUCCAUUUUUAAGGUAUAUUUUGUUCGAAAAAUCAACUCUAUGAAUGUUCUGUCGAAUAAAAGUGAUGUGGAC